AAAAAAAAAAAAAAAAAAAAAAAAAAAAGAAUAAAUUCUUUUUUUCUCGAAAAUAAUUCCAUGAUUGUCAACCCUGCAUCUCCACCAUCGCUCUGGGUCUAUAAACCAGUUCCUCCUCCUGGUUCUCAUAUCCACCCCCACCUGUCUCGACUACCGUGCCUGGAUUGUUUCUUAGAUUGGAUCUCUUAUACCCCGUUCCAUCAGUUCCCCUCCAGUCUUCUUCAUAUAUGAACUCUGGGUAGCCGCCUUUUUUGAACCUCAAGAGAAAUAAUCACUUACCCUUUCCUCCUCCUUCCGUUCCAGCCUUGAACUUCAACAACAUCAACAGUUGUCCACCACUACCACCACUACCACCACUACUGAUUCUCAUCUGCUACAACGACCCUCACCGUCGCCCAUCAUGGAUCUCGCUAGCCUUAUCACUCAACCGGGACCAGAUCCCCUCGCAAUGAGCAUGUCAAGAGCCUCCUACAGCCCCCCGGCGCCUCGCCUGGCUUCGUAUAAGCGCGCGCCGGACUCAUACUUCGCUUCCGUGCCGGUUUCUUACUCCCGCGCCCCUCCUUCCCCGCCGGUCGAGGAGAUGCCCCCCAAGUGCUCUUUGCCUUCUAUCUCGACCCUGCUCGAAGGCGCAGAUGGUGCCUCCAUACAUGCAGCUAAGCGUGCAAGAAUUACUCCGCCAGUUCAGCGCGAGCUGGACACCCGCCUCCCCUCGCAACCCUUGGAUGCGAUGAAGGCCAAUGGCCCCCAAAUCGGCUUGCCACCUACGCCUCCGUUGCGUCCUGGUUCUGGGUUCAACAGCGUUAGCCACUCUCCCACCUCAUCGAUCUCCACCGUCAGCGACGGUGCCACCGUGAAUCGCGCAGAGCCAUACACCCAGGCGCCAGUGAGACUCCCCAGUCCAUCGGAUCGGUCUUCCAUCUCUAGCCAGGGCUCCGUGGCUCCUGUCUCCGCCGCGCCUUACGUCUCUCCCGCCCCGAGCGUCGCUUCUUACUCCUCUCCCAUUGAGCCUUCGGCCUCCUCGGCUAUCUACUUCCAGAGACCGACCUCCUCUUCGUCCACCUACCAGCCUGCCAGCAGCGUGCCUCCCUCCACUGCUCCUCUGCCAACUGCCUCACACCAACAGAUGAUUUCCCCUGUGACCCCGGCCUGGCAGCAUCACCACUACUUCCCUCCCUCCAGCACGACCCCCUACCAGCAGAACCACGACCGAUACAUCUGCAGAACGUGCCACAAGGCUUUCUCGAGACCUUCCAGUCUCCGCAUCCACUCCCACAGCCACACUGGAGAGAAGCCCUUCCGCUGCACCCACGCGGGCUGUGGCAAAGCCUUCAGCGUGCGGAGCAACAUGAAGCGCCACGAACGUGGCUGUCAUACCGGCCGGCCCGUUGCCACCGCCAUGGAUGAUUGGAACUGGACGUAG